AUGACAAGCAACGCUGCCGAAAGCUUCAACAAGGUGACAGAAGAAUUCAGAAAAUAUCCAGUAACUAUUUUGGUUGACUUCAUCAGGUUCACAAUUCAAAAUUGGUUUGCUUCUCGUCUCGAAAAGGCUAGUAAGUGCGCUACUCCUUUGGCUACUACUUUUGAAAAUGAUUUAAAGGAUCAACACAAAGAUGGUAUGUUCAGGAGUGUCCUUCGUAAUGGUGCCCAAUUGUUCAACGUUGGUACGAGUCCUCAAGGUGAGAGAGGUGGUGAUGUGAACUUAGUGGAGAGAACAUGCACUUGCGGACUUUUCCAAACGCUCAAAAACCCUUGUCCCCAUGCAUGUGCCGCAGCAGUUAGUCAGAAUGUGAGCGUGUACACACUUUGCUCUCCAUAUUACACUAAAGAAACGUGGAAGAAAACCUACGAUGCCACAAUUAAUAUUGUUGGCGAGGAGGAUGAGUGGGUACUACCGGAACAUAUCAAGAACAUAAGAAUCGGGGUACCAGUGGAGAAAAAACCAGUAGGUCGGCCUAGGAAGAGCAAUGCAGGUAGAAGACCGACGAAGCGUCGACCGUCUAGUGGUCAGGCGACAUUAUGCGAUUACUGUGGGAUUUGUAACUGA